AUGCAAAGUUCAAUAAAAGAUUUGAGUGAAAUUGACCCAAAAUGGCUUGAACAAAUAGCCCCACAUUAUUAUGAAUUUGGAUCGGAUUUGCAAGGAACAAAAAGAAGAAAAAUUGACGAUAAUAAUUUUGCAGAGGGAAGAAUGGCUAAUUUAAAUUGA